CGGUCAUUUUCCCUCUCCGCCCUCUCUCUGGCCGAUAAGCCACUUCCUCCGCGCCUAAAGUUCCAAGAUGCCGACUUGACGAUAUCAUACCUGAAGGGCACCGGUCCCGGUGGUCAAAAAAUUAACAAAACCAAUUCCGCCGUCCAGAUUAUCCACAAGCCCACUGGCAUAGUGGUCAAGUCGCAAGCGACCCGGUCGAGGUCGCAAAAUGAGAAAUAUGCUCGUCACAUCCUGGCAGAUAAAGUCGAGGAGCUGCUGAAUGGGGACAAGAGUCGCGCCGCCAUCAAGGCCGACCGCGCGCGAAAGAAGAAGGCAAGUAAGGUGAAGAAGGCUCGGCGCAAAUAUCGUGAGUUGGAGAAGGGCCAGGAAGGAGCAACGGAAGAGCUUGAGGGAGUGGAGAAAUCUGACGAUGGAGAACACGAUGCGAGCGAUAUUGACUCCCCUUGUCAAGAAGGAGAAAAAGCCGACGAGCUUUCAGAGGCACAAGAGCCUGAGCAGAAGAGAUAAACAAGCCUCUUAACCACCCUUUCCCUGAGAGUUACAGCAGGUCCUGCAGCUUUUCCGUUCUCUCCAUACAUUCUAGACAACGCGCUGCGAACCGGCACGCUAAUUGAGAUGCAUACGCGCCGUUGUACAUACAGAUUCAAUCACAUAUAACCAUUAUAGCAGAUU